CAAUUUCUGGUGGUGUCGCACUCGUCCUGUACGUGCUGCGCAUCAGCAUGGCCGAGGUUGACGGAGCUCACAUCGACACUGCCGCCGUGCCUCGAAGCGACAUGGCUUCUACGAGCGUAGAGUACACCGUGCAACAAGUGGACAACUGCAGGUUUACCUCUUGGUAUGAAGCGUUGCGUGUCCACAGCAUCCGCAGCAUCGCGAUCCCGUUGCCCGAGGAGUUUGUGGCGAGUUUGCUCCAAGACCAGAUCCUCGUCCAGGAAGACUUGUAUCCGUCUUCGUUCGUUGCCGCUGUCAAAGACGCCAUCCAUCGCUUGGGUGGUCGCGUGUUUGCCAAACUGGACUGGAGCAGCGCCAAGGACGCCAAGUGGAUCCUCGCCAACUCGUUGUGCUGCCGGUCGUUCGCGGACAUCUUGAUGUUGCUGAAAGCUUCCGACUUCAUCACCCACGACCUGACGCAGGCGUACGACGGAUGCAGCGACGUAGGGACCAAGCGCCGCCCCGACACGUUCCACCUGGUCCUCAAGAAGUGGUGCCACUUGUUCGACUCGAUGCAUUUCCGGUGCUUUGUACGUGCCAAGAAACUGUUGGGCAUCUCCCAGCGCAACUGCACCGAGCGGUACGACUUCCUCGCUUCCGAGGCCACACAGGACACGUUGUGUGACGCCAUCGCAGCCUUCUUCGAGUCGCAUCUCACCACGUCGCAGGCCCUCCCCGAUCCGAAUUACGUGUUCGACGUCUAUGUGGACAAGGACCACAAGGUCCACCUCAUCGACAUCAAUGUGUUUGGCGCCGUGACGGACCCGCUCUUGUUCUCAUGGGACGAAUUGAAGCAACCGGCGACGGCAGAAGACGAGCGCAUCCAUUUCCGAGUGGUCACGACGCCGCGCUCGGCCAUGUACUCAGAUCCGUACGGCCAGUACCGCGUGCCCGUCGAUUUGGUCGAGCAUUUGGCUACCCCUGGUGGGUUUGACGAGUUUAUCCGACAAGUGGCUAAAGACAACAUCCAACACCCCCAUGACGACGACGAUGACGAUGAUCAUGAUGAUGAUGGCAACUGGUCAGAUUAAUUCAAACUCUAUUACCAUCGACUUUGUACUACAGUAGAACCUCCGAUUAAAAA